AUGACAGAGUACACCUACUACAGUUCAUCCGCGUCCAGAGGCUUCACCUUCUUAAUACCCUACCAUGUCCAAGCCAUCUUUGUCAGUACUACGAGGAAGCUACCUUCCGCCGUGCGUCCAGUCUACCGCGAGUAUUUUGGCGACAUCAUGGCAUGUCGAGAUCGAGCUCGAGACUCCGCCAAGGCGAUGCAAGCGUUCGUGAACGAGGACUUUCCGGAAAUUUCGAAGGACCAUAACCGACUAGCGAGUCUUAUGAAUGCGGAGAUCGAUAAGCAACGGAAUGAUGUGUUGGUCAAGAUACCAAUCACGGGCGAUGGGACGGCGGCUGAAGACGAUGAGGACGAACCGGUGGCGCAAUCGCGGACAUGGGAGCAGGGUGUGGCUAAGUCGGACGAAAACGCGACCUCGAAAGUUGUCUUGGGGGCCGCCGCGGAGGCUACAGUGCGCGAAGAGUCCCCUGAAGCAGCUUCUCCUCCGAGUAUGGCGAAUGCGGAGCUUGUUCAGCCAACCCUGGGCCAGGGCCCUGCGACAUCGCCGGCGUCUCCGACCGGUAUAAACAGCGAACGACCCGAGGCAGACGAGGAAGACAGCGAGAUGAGCAGCCUUGGAAGGAUUCGCUUUGGCCACACGGCGCCUGGAUCGAUGGGCUAG